CACUCACCCAUGUACUUUUUUCUAUGCAACCUGUCCUUCGUAGACAUAUGUUUCACUUCCACCACCAUCCCAAAGAUGCUGUGGAACAUCCAGACCCAGAAUCAACUUAUAACCUACAAAGGCUGUAUCACCCAAAUAUACUUUUACAUACACUUUGCAGGAUUGGAUAUCUUUCUUCUGACUGUGAUGGCCUAUGACCGGUUUGUGGCCAUAUGUGACCCCCUGCACUACAUGCUCAUCAUGAACCCCCAGCUCUGUGGGCUUCUGGUUCUGGUGUCCUGGGUGAUGUGUGCCAUGUAUUCUUUAUUACACAGCUUAAUGGUGUUGCAGCUGUCUUUUUGUAUAGACUUGGAAAUUCCUCACUUUUUUUGUGAAAUCAAACAAGUGGUCCAACUUGCCUGUUCAGACACCUUUCUUAAUAAUAUGGUGAUGCAUUUUGGAGCUGGACUUCUGGGUGGUAGUACCCUGGCUGGUAUCCUUUACUCUUACUCUAAGAUAAUUUCCUCUAUAUGUAGAAACUCAUCCACUCAGGGGAAGCAUAAAGCAUUUUCUACCUGUGUAUCUCACCUCUCAGUUGUCUCCUUAUUUUAUUGUACUAGCCUAGGAGUGUACCUCAGCCCUUUUGCUACCCACAGCUCACAGUCAAGUGCAACAGCUGCGUUAAUGUACACUGUGGUCACACCCAUGUUGAACCCCUUCAUCUACAGUCUGAGAAAUAAAGACAUAAGGAGGGCUCUGAAAGGAUUCUCUGGGAUGGAAACAUUUACCAAAGGAGCCUUUGUCCUGAGACUGAAGAAAUGCAUGGUAUAG